GAAAAAUCACAUUCUCCUACCCAAAUGUACAUGUCUUUUAUUUCUUGCAGGAGAAAUAGAUACAAGGUUUUCUUUUUGUGCAGUAGCAACACUAGCUCUUCUGGGGAAACUGGAUGCAAUUGAUAUGGACAAAGCGGUAGAAUUUGUGUUGUCCUGUAUGAACUUUGAUGGGGGAUUUGGUUGUAGACCAGGAUCUGAAUCUCAUGCAGGACAGAUCUAUUGUUGCACAGGAUUUCUGGCCAUAACUGGACAGCUGCACCAAAUAAAUGCUGACCUACUAGGCUGGUGGCUUUGUGAACGUCAGUUACCAUCUGGUGGCCUAAAUGGAAGGCCAGAGAAGUUGCCAGAUGUAUGCUAUUCCUGGUGGGUGUUGUCAUCCCUGAAGAUAAUUGCUCAGAAAGGUUCUGCUGGUGAUGUACUGAAGAUUGAAUGA